CGAUGGGAUAUUACGGUGAAAACUCCAAAAAUGAAGCAAGAGAAUGUGAAUUGAACGACCGAAGUACGUAACGUAAAAGCAUUGGGAUAUGCGUGGUGGGCACUUUAGCAGUAGCAACCGCAUCCUCAUUAUCCAUUAGCGAAAACUGGUGGCUGCAGCAAAGCGGUGAGAUGAGUUCGAUAGGCCAAAGCAUACUGAUGGCACUCACAGUAACAGUGAACAAGUAUGCUUCUUCCAACUUGCAGGCCGUUUCUCACAGAAAGCAUCCUAAAUCGCCGCCCAAUUCCGCCGUCACCACCAGUAGAAGAGGCCUCCUCUUAUCCUCCCUCGCGGCCGCCUCCCUCACUGAUCAAGUCCCUGACUCCAGAACUCUCCUUCUCAAGAAAUACCUCAAGAAAUCAGAGGAAAACAGAGAUAAAAAUGACAAAGAGAGGCUGGAGAGUUAUUACAAGCGUAACUACAAGGAUUAUUUUGAACUUGUGGAGGGAACAUUGAAGGCAAAGCAGCAAGAUCAGCUUUCUGAUACAGAAAAAGUUUUCACUUUUCAGAGUCAGAACUCAUAGUCUCUGAUACCAUCCUCACUCGAUUUUCUCCCUCCUCUUACAUUUGUUGGCGUUUAUUCAUUGCUUCUAUCAUUUCCGCCAUGUUCUUCCAUCACCGUCGCUGUUGCUGUUGUCGUCGCCAUCGCCGCAUCCUCUUCAUUCUUAUUUGUGAGUUUUUCACCUCCAUUCUUUCUGUGGAUUUCAUACUUUUUGUGAUUUGAUAUGAUUAUUUUCUUUGGUUAAAA